AUGUGUGAGAAACCUUGCGUAUCAUGUACUUCUUAAAAAUUUUGCACAAUUUGUGUGAAUAAUUUAAUCCCAAGAAGUGAUGGAUCAUGUGGUUGUUAAGAUGGGUAAUAUUAGGACACUAUAAAUUAAAAGUGUAUUUAAUGUGAUGAAUCAUGUGGAACUUGUAGCUCAAGUAGUUUUUGCAAUACCUGUGCAAGUGGAUUUGAAUAGAUUGAUCCAGGAGUAUGUGUGAGAAAAUGUCCAACAAAUUCUACUCUUAUAUAUGACGGUAGCAAAUAUACUUGUCAAUGCAAUAAAGGGUACUUUCCUGUUCUAAAUAGCUUAUAUUAAAUUGUUGCUUGCAAUUAAUGUCCAAAUGGAUGCUCUUCAUGUACGGACUCUAAAUCUUGCUAAACUUGCAUAGAUGGAUUUUAUAAGAAUACUACAACUUGUUAAUAAUGUAGUCCUACUUGCCUAACUUGCACAUAUUUAAAUGUAUGCUAAACAUGUUAGCUUGGAUACUAUUUAGAAUCAAGCAAAUGUGUAAAAUGUGAUAUAAGUUGUAAGACUUGUGUUGACAGUAAAAAUGAUAAUUGCACUUCUUGCUUUGAAAAUUUUACAUUAAUUAUUAAAACAUCAACUUAUGGUGUUUGUGUAAAAAGUUGCAAUAAAAAUGAAGUUUUUGACAAUAAUUAUAAUUGCAUCUGCUCACCUUUAUAUCUUCGUGAUGAAAAAAAUGUUUGUUAACAGAUUCAGCCAGAUGGAACUAUUAUUUGUGGUCCAAAUUAUUUUUUUGAAAAAGAUUCUUAGAAAUGUCUUUUAUGUAUUAGAGAUAUUUAACAAAAUAUUCCUUGUGUAACAUCUUGCAAAAAAGAAUAAUAUUUUGAUAAUAUUAAUUUAACUUGCUCUUAAUGUCUUCCAGAGUAUGGAAAUAAGUGUUAACAUAGCUGCUCUAAAAACGAAUAUAUGGAUAAUAUUGGUAUAUGUAGGCUUUGUCACAAAUCUUGCAGUGAAUGUAAGGGACCUUUAGAAUCAGAUUGUUUAUCAUGCACUAACUAAUUAGUAUUCUAGCCAACUCUUAAAAAGUGCGCAUAGUGUGAAGAGGGAUAAUUUUAUAAUGAAAUUAUGAAAAGUUGUGAUUAUUGCGAUUAUACUUGCCUCGUUUGUUCUGGUAAAAAUGCUGAUCAAUGCAUUUUAUGUUCGGUUGGUUUGUAUUUUAGUCCUGUUUCAAAUAAGUGCUUAAAAUAAUCAGAAUACAAUAGCGAGUAGGAAUAAAUUAAAUAAUUACAAACAAUAGGAUGCAUAUUAGAUAACUAGCAAGCAGAAAAUAAUGACUGCAAAAACUAAUUUGAUUCAAGCCAAUUUUUGAAUAAAAUAUUAGAAAUACUAUCUAUUAUUAAUAUUACUUUGGCUUUCUUCUCUUCUAUAUUUACUUCUUCUGGCUCAAUUAUUUCUUGGAUUAGCCUCUAUUUGGAUGAGCAGUUUCGAGCUCAAAACAAGUUAUGCUCAUCACAUAUUUACGAUAAUUCCUAAUCCUUUUAAAUAUAAUACUUAAAAAUAAGAUGA